ACCAAAAAGGAAGGCCCCCACAUAUCCUUGCCAUCAAAUACAUCAAGAGAGACACAGAUUAAAAUCAAAACCUUCUAUUGCAAUGCAAGAUUGGAAAGAAUAUAAAAAGCGUAGAGUUCCCCAAAAUUUCAAGCCAAAGAAACCCACCACCAAAAGAAAAGAAAGAAAAAAAGAUUGGAAAAAAAAAAGAGAGACCGCCCAAAGCCAGAUUCCUCAGCAUUUGGAUUUGCAGGUAGUUAACAAACAUAAGAUAUUUGGAUUACCAAAAUCAAAGCAAGCAACGACUCUCUCUCUCUCUCUCCCCUCUCCCAUGCCUUGCAAUUUCAGAAGGUUGGUUGGUCCCGUGCUUCUCUUUAAGGUUACUUGAAAUUGUACUCCCCCAAGAUUGAUACUAUAAAUGAGGAGGCUCUUUGCCUCCUGCUUCAGAGGUCCAGUCUCCAAGAGACAUAUCCAACCAGAUUCUAAGAGAUCCGAAGUAACCAUGGCUAGUCAGGUGAGCAGCAAUGUCCAUGGCUGUAGCAGUGAGGGUACUGUCAAUACCAACAUAAUCCAUAAUCAUGACUUCUCUGGUGGGUUGCAUUCAUGGCACCCGAAUUGCUGUGAUGGGUAUGUUGCUUCGGGGGAGUCUGGUUAUCUUGGAGGAGUAACACCCAACUCAGGUGGUGGCUAUGCUGUUAUUUCAAAUCGCACAGAGUGUUGGCAAGGUUUAGAGCAAGAUAUUUCCAGAAAAGUUAGCCCCAGUCUCACUUAUACUGUCUCUGCCAUUGUUCGAGUUCUUGGGGCUCUUCAGGGACCUGCUACAGUCCAAGCAACACUGAAAUUAGAGUACCUGAAUGCAGCACCUAACUAUAUAUCUGUGGGAAGGACCUUGGCGACGAAGGAACGAUGGGAGAACUUGGAAGGCAAAUUCUCAUUGGAAAGCAUGCCCAACCGUGUUGUAUUUUAUUUGGAGGGGCCUUCUCCUGGUGUGGACCUUCUCAUAGAUUCUGUCACAAUCACUUGUUCUAGUGUUAAAGAGUGCAAGGAAGCAAACACACGGUGUUUGACUGAUGGAGAUCAAAACAUCAUACAAAACUCAAAUUUUGAUGAUGGACUUAAUAACUGGUCAGGGAGAGGCUGCAAGAUUCUUCGGCAUGACUCUAUGGGAGAUGGGAAAGUACUUCCACUGAAUGGGAAGUUCUUUGCUUCUGCAACAGAACGUACUCAGUCCUGGAAUGGAAUUCAGCAGGAAAUUACUGGUCGGGUGCAACGAAAGCUCGCAUACGAGGUCACUGCCACAGUUCGAAUAUUCGGGGGUACUGUUACUAGUACUGAUGUGCGGGCGACUUUGUGGGUCCAAACACAAAACCAACGGGAACAAUACAUAGGCAUUGCCAAUUCACAGGCAACAGACAAGGACUGGGUGCAGUUGCAGGGAAAAUUCCUUCUUAAUAGUGUCGUCUCAAAAGUAGUCAUUUAUCUCGAAGGCCCACCUGCGGGUACUGAUAUUCUUCUCAACAGCUUAGUUGUAAAACAUGCAGCAAAAGUCCCUCCCUCGCUGCCACCAGUGAUCGAUAAUGUUGCUUUUGGAGUUAACAUAGUUGAGAACAGCAACCUUAACAAUGCUCUUAAUGGGUGGUCUGCGCUUGGGCCAUGUACUUUGAGCAUUGGUACUGGUUCUCCUCAUUUGCUUCCUCCAAUGGCAAGAGAUUCUCUCGGGCCCCAUGAACCUCUUAGCGGUCGAUAUAUUCUCGUAACGAAUCGCACGCAAACCUGGAUGGGCCCUUCUCAGACAAUCACAGACAAGUUGAAGUUAUACGUGACAUACCAAGUUUCUGCCUGGGUCCGUGUUGGUCGUGGCACCAGUGGACCGCAGAAUGUCAAUGUUGCACUUGGCGUAGAUGGUCAGUGGGUAAACGGGGGCCAAGCUGAAGUUGGUGAUGACAGAUGGCAUGAACUUGGGGGAUCGUUCAGAAUCGAGAAGCAACCGUCCAAAGUUUUGGUUUAUAUUCAAGGCCCUUCAUCCGGAGUCGAUUUGAUGGUUGCGGGGCUUCAAAUCUUUCCUGUCGACAGGCAAGCAAGAUUCAAGCAUUUAAAGAGGCAGACGGAUAAGGUACGCAAGCGUGAUGUUGUCCUAAAAUUCUCAGGACCAAAUGCCUGUAAUUUGUUGGGCACAUUUGUGAAAGUCCGACAAACGCAGAACAGUUUCCCCAUUGGGUCGUGUGUCAUGAGAACGAACAUAGACAACGAAGACUUCGUGGACUUCUUCGUGAAGAACUUCAACUGGGCUGUGUUUGGGAAUGAGUUGAAGUGGCCAUGGAUCGAACCCCAGCAAGGAAAUUUCAACUACAAGGACGCAGAUGAGCUCUUGGACUUUUGCAAGAAGAACAGUAUAGAGGUCAGAGGCCACUGCAUCUUUUGGGAAGUAGAAUACACUAUCCAAUCAUGGGUCCGAGCAUUGAUCAAAAACGACCUGAUGACAGCCAUCCAAAAUCGCUUGACGGGUCUCCUCACAAAGUACAAAGGGAAGUUCAGACAUUAUGAUGUAAACAACGAGAUGUUGCAUGGAUCGUUCUAUCAGGAUAGAUUGGGUAAGGAUAUCAGGGCCAACAUGUUCAAGACGGCCAGUCAGCUCGAUCCAUCUGCCACCCUCUUUGUGAAUGAUUACCACAUUGAGGAUGGAUGCGACACCCGAUCAUCUCCUGAGAAGUACAUUGAGCACAUCCUCGAUCUGCAAGAACAAGGUGGGCCAGUUGGAGGGAUCGGACUACAGGGCCACAUCGAUAGUCCUGUGGGGACCAUCGUCUGUUCUGCAUUGGAUAUGCUGGGGAUACUUGGGCUUCCAAUCUGGUUCACUGAAUUGGACCUCUCGUCGGUGAACGAGUGUGUUAGAGCCGAUGACUUGGAGGUUAUGCUGCGGGAGGCAUUCGCACAUCCCGGAGUAGAAGGUAUCAUGCUAUGGGGAUUCUGGGAGCUGUUCAUGAGUAGGAAUAACGCGCAUUUGGUGGAUGCUGAAGGGAGUAUCAAUGAAGCUGGAAAGAGGUACCUUGCUCUUAAGCAGGAGUGGUUGACCCACACUCAUGGCCACAUCGACAAUCAGGGACAGUUUGGAUUUAGAGGCUUCCAAGGAUCCUACACUGUCGAAGUCGUGACCCUCUCGAAGAAAUUCUCUCAGACCUUUGUCGUCGACAAAGGAGACUCUCCAUUGGUGGUGUCCAUAAACUUGUAAGUCGCAAAAGAAGUGAUAAUGGGACAGACCAUGGUUUGUGUUCACUGUCCAUUUUCUAAUUGGGAGUGUGACUCAUCCACUGUACAUGUGGCAUAUGCAUAAGCACCAAUCAUGACUAGUGAUUGAAUGAUCCUGUCCAAUUUGUGGCCAUUAGUAGAUAUAUAAAAUAAAUUGGUUAUGAUCAUCAGAUCAGUGGGAUUUUUGGGCUAUUCUCUAUUCGGAAUGGGCCCCACAGUUGUGAAUGGUCUUGGAUUUUCCAUUUGUGUGGCGGAUGAGUUGUGAACAUUUAGAAAAUGGCGAACACGGACCCGAGUCUUAGCCCCUCGAAUGCUUAGAUAUCAAAUAAGCGAUUCUUUUAUCUAAGCUUGUGUGGAAAAGAUUGGAAACUGUAAUAAUCUGUUUGGUGGUUUUGAAAAUGGGGAUAUUUUCUGAGAAGGUUUGGUUUGGCUGGUGUAAUAAUCCAAGUUUGUAUACAUAUCCUUGUGUGGAAAAGAUUGGAAAAUGUAGUGAUCUGUUUGGUGGUUUUGAAAAUGGAGAUUUUUCUGAGA